AUUCGAAAUUCUUGAAUAGAAUUUGGUGAUGGAGAAAUUGCGACCACUUUGAAUUCGCAAUAAUUCGUGUAUACCCUUUGAAAAGUGUAUUUUCUCAUUUAGUUUCAUUUUUUGUCGCCAAAACAACAAGCGCUACUAGUAGUACGAUAAACAACAUUCCGAUAAAAACGCGCCAAACGUUUCUAUCAUCUGAUACAGAAAAAAACACAACUCAUAGAUUUACUUAAAAUAAAAACAAAUCAACACAUUCAGACACAAUAGCAAACAGUAACCAAAUAAAUCGAGGAAAAAACGGUAUAUCAACACAAGUAGCAGACCAUUAAAACGUACUUUGCAAACAAAAAAUUAUCACAAUCAGCUGUUCAACUUCAAAACAUACGAAUUUUAUUAUCGGUGUUAAUCAAAAGAGCAAUGCAAUCCGGGUCCGAGACUAGCGUCGAUUCUGAAUCUGACAGUGAAUCUUCCGGUUCAGGUACUGAUUUACCUCAAUUCCCAAGAGAAAAUCGAUGCUCGCCCACAAAUGCCAUAUCCGAGUGUGUUUAUCAUAUGAUUACGGUCGAAGCUCACGUAUAUAAGGCGCUCGCGCGUAUUGAUCGAGAUCCAAAAUAUCUGGCAAUUUUGGAGAAAUGGCUAAGAAGUAUUGAUGAAAAUGCCAAAGUCGGCCUAGAAUCAUUGCAAAAGGCCCGUUAUAGUUUGGUCGAGCGAAUUAAUGAAAUAAAAACGAAUUCAGUAACACCAAAUCAGACGGUAUCGGCAUCGGCACCGUCUGUUCCGGCAUCGAUUCAACUGCAAUCAGAUAGACCAGCAACAUAAAAUACAAAAAAAAUAUACAUUUUAAAAUAAUAAGAAGAAAAAACAAAUUGUAAACUAAAAAUCAUUUAAAAUAAUAAACCAUAACAAAACCAUCAAGUGGUGCG